UAAGAGCCGUGCCACAAAGCUGCACGUAUUGCACGUAAACACUUGCGAAAGUAAUAAUUCUCCCUGACAAGCUGACAGCGGUGCACGGCCGGCUGCAGCGGCUGGAAACAUAUGAAAUAGGUCUGUGUGUCAGCGCAGCUCCGUCCGUGUAUUUCCGGGUGGCGCGAGCCUGCUCCGGUACGUCCCAGCUAGCAUCAGUCGGUUCAGCCUCCGCUCUCCGUCCAGCCACAACAACAGACACCGGAGGCCGGGACACACACAAAAACAGCCAGUUACUGACCGAGACACACAAAAUUGAUGUCUGAUAGCUGAAAGCCAAAGCGGGGGGCAGCAGGGCGGGCAGCGGGCAGGAGUUAUGGCGGCGUCGCUUCUCUCCGAGACCGACAUCAGGCACCGGUCCAUGGCGGAGGAGGAUCCGAACGGGAAUGAGCACGGGGCGGCUGCACACAGCGCGGCGCCUCGCUGGGGACCGCAGCACGCCGGGGCCCGACAGCUAGCAAGGCUCUACUCUCCCGGUAAGCGGCUCCAGGAGUGGGUGUGUGUGAUUCUGUGCCUCUUCCUUUUCAUCAUCAACUUCUCCUUCCUCCUCCUGCACUUCUCCACCGUUCACAUCUACAAGAUCAUCGUUGGCAUUGUCCUAGGAAUCGUGACGGCAGACUUUGCAUCGGGGAUGGUGCACUGGGGGGCGGACACUUGGGGAUCUGUGGACAUCCCUGUUAUUGGCAAGGCAUUUAUUCGUCCAUUCAGGGAGCACCACAUCGAUCCAACCGCCAUCACUCGUCACGACUUCAUUGAAACCAAUGGCGACAACUGUAUGAUCCCCAUCCUCCCACUGGCUCACAUGGCCUACAAGUUCCUCACAUACACACCAGAGGCCUUGGCGGCGUCCUAUCCCUGGGACUGCUACGUCUUUGCCCUGGCGGUUUUUGUGACGCUGACCAAUCAGAUUCAUAAGUGGAGCCACUCCUACUUCGGCCUCCCGCGCUGGGUCACGCUGCUCCAGGAUUGGCAUCUGGUGUUGCCACGGAAACAUCACCGCAUCCACCACGUCUCACCGCACGAGACAUACUACUGCAUUACUACAGGUUGGUGUAACUAUCCACUGGACCAGCUGGGCUUUUGGAGGCGGAUGGAGCAGUUGAUCAAACGACUCACAGGGCAGAAACCACGAUCAGAUGACAUGGCGUGGGCCAAGAAGACCGACAGAUAAACACACAGACACACGGACGGAUGGACACACAGAUGGGUUUGCAGAUGCAAUCACAUAGAAAAAGGGAUGGAUGGAAACACACACACACACACACACACACACACACACAUAUUACUCAUGUCUCUGUGCUUCUUGCUUUUUUUGCUAAAGAGCAAACAUUCAAAGAAACUGUGUUAGCAAAAAUAAUCAACGAUGGUUGGAGUGAUUUCUGUAUGUGCUGGAGUCUGUAGUUUAACGAGCUUUGAACGUACGAGGCGAAAACAUCACUAGGUGAUAAUUCUGCUGUAACAACCAAUCAGCUUGUAGUCCUGAUUAACCAAUGAGGUGUGGCGGUGUUGUGUGUAGGUGUAGGAGGUUUCUGGAGGUUGGGCUCUCCAGGAGUGACACCGCGCUGCCUGUUGCAGGCAGCUUCUUACACCACACACACAUGCACGUGCGCACACAUACACACCUGCACACUAACACUGAAAGUCAAAUGUUCCGUCUUUGUCUCUCCUGAUUUCUUCUUGUCCGUUUUUUUUUUGUUGUUGUUGUUGUUAUUUUUUGUCCCUAACCCGUCCUUUAAACAUCACCACCCUCUUUAAAUUGUCACGGGUGCUUCUACACACAAGAAGGUGAAAAUCUAAUGAUUGUGUGUUUUAGAUGAAACAUUCAGACAGUUUUAACUCCCUGUUUUUGUGCCUGUGCUCAAUGAUCUCCACAGGCAAGAUUUAAGGAGGGCAAACAUGUAAAAAAAAAAAGGUUUGAUAAAAUACAUACCGUAGCUUUUAUAAUAACUUACAGCACUAAUAUACGUCAGCAGUUGAGUUGCAAACGCAGACUGACUCAUGCAACCAAGUCAUGUCCAGUAGUUCUUUGUUUGAAACUUUUUCUGUUCAUCCUACGCGUGCUCUGAAAAGCAGGCCAUUUUUUUGUAGCUUUAGGAAUACGCUUCUGUUUGUUCAAAAGCUCCUAAAUGAGCAUAUUUACUGCAUAAAAACUAAUCAGUAACAUUGUAUGACUCAUCUGAUUAUAAGGAGGCUUAAUCAGAAGCUGCAUUUCACUUUUGAUUUAUUUGACAUUUUAAAAGAAAUAUAUAAAAGGUCAUAUGUACAUUGCACCAAUUGAUAUAUAUUUAAAUGACACAAAGUUAAAUGUUUUAGAAAAGAAGAAUUUAAACUUUCUGCACUUUUGUGCAAAUUAAAAAGGCAGCCAGGCUUCAUCUCUUUAGAAAAUGCAUUUUCAGCAAGAAGGUGUUUAAGAAGGUUAAAGGGAUAGUUCAGAUUUUAUAAAGCUGGGUUGUUUGAGGCAUUUAUCGAUAGUCUGUUUAUUACCUACAGUAGAUGUUUGUCUGCACACCCCCAGUGAAUAUGGACACAGAAGCUCAGUGAUUUACUGCUUUGGAGGAGUCAGCAACAAACUUUUUUUUUUUUUAUUUUAACAAUCUUAAAAAAUCAGUAUCAGUUGCAGUGUACACUAUAUUUAGAAUAUUUUAACCACUUUAAUUUACCAUCAGACAGGGAUAUCUUUUUUGUAUGUUUGUUUAUUUGUUUGUUUUUAUCAGCAAAUUGUGAGGACAUAAACUACACAUAAAUCAAGAAACAAAAACUUAAAAGUAUGGUUACUCGUAACAGUACAUAUCAUCAGACAGGGAUUUCUGAUGGGCAGCUGAGGCCGUCAAAUCUCUCUUCUCAAAGCCAGACUAACCAAUCGAGGCAGCAGUAGACUAGCAGCUCCUGUGUCCAGCAGACCAAAAUUAUUGUUUUCGUCAAUUAAGUGGUGGAUGAGACGGGAGCAUAGACGGGGAGCUGAAGCUAAGAGCUCGCCCGUUAGAAAAGGCUGUCUGACAGAAAGGUAAAGCAGUGAAAAACUCUCAAAGUAGCGUGCAGUCUUUUGUAGGUAUUUUUUCAAGUGGUUAAAAUAUGUUUUGCUGUUGCCCGCCAUCAACAGCAGUACAUUGCUUAGCUUUUGUAUCAGCACUCCAGCCUGCUUUUCCAAACUUGGGGUAUGCCGAGUGACAUCUACUGCGAUACCUUGAUUAUGGAUAAGUACCUCGUACAACCCCACUUCAAAAGAUCCCGACUAUCCCUUCAAGGCAGGCUAGCCCGGCUCUGUCUAAGGUAAUAAAAUCCACCUACCAGCACCUCUAAAGCUCGCUGAUAUACACAUUAUAUCUUGUUUUAUUUUAUCUGUACAAACUAAAUAUUUUGUAACCUUCGAACAGAGCUAGGCUAGCUGUUUUACCCUGUUUCCAGCCUUUGUGCUAAGCUAAUGUAGUCGGCGUACACUCAUGAGAGUUAUUUCAAUCUUCUCACCAACUCUCAGCAAAGAAAGUACGGAUUUCCCAAAAUUAUUUCUUUCUGCAGUGCAUGUCAUCAACAUACAGAAAAACUAAAAUGAAAUGGAAAAAGUCUGGCAUGAAAGUUUGGAUGUCAUGUUGAUGUUCAUCUAAAAACAUGAGUCUCUUUUCUCCAUUUCAACAUAAAGUGGCUGAGACGGAGGCAGAACCUUCUUGGCGUCAGUGGUUUUUUCCUACUGUACUCGUGCAACGCCUGCAGACAGAAAUCUAUCCAGCACAAGUUCACUCUCUUAGAGCAUGCUGUCGGCUGCCCUAAAGGCUAUAAGAUGAAUCCCAGGUAGUUAACAUUACAUUUUUGACACUACACUGGACGUCUUCUUGACACAUUCUGCAUCACUAGAACAUCUUUAUUCAGAAAAGCCAAACCACAGCCCAAAGCACUUUUCAUCAUGUUAAUUCUUAGGAAAGCUUGAAUAUCUUUUUUUUUUUUGCUAUUUAUUUUCAUAACAAAUCUUAUAAUAGCAAAAAUCUCAAUUCACUGCUGCGUUCACAUCUCAGAUCCUCCUGUAAGACAAAAAAAUCUCAUCAGCAGUUCUGCAACAUGCUAAUUGGUGCCGCUGUCUGCCCCACUGUGCUGCAUAUUUGACUGCAAUUGUAAAUACCAAACACACAACAACAACAAAUGUGUAACAAACCUCAAAACUUAAAUCAGAGAGAUUCAUUAAAGAAAUGCAUGACAACAUUUUUACAUCAGUUUGUGUCAGCUGACGUGGAAAGAGGAGCAAAUAGGAGAUUUUUUUUUUUAAAUUACACUCAAGACAAAAAUUAUUUUUCAGUAAAAAAAAGCUGGUUACCAAGUUGCUUAUCGUGUCUCCAGUAUCUCUGAUUUUUGUUUAUGUUCCAUACAAAAACACAUGCACUUUAGUUGGCUGUUACUAACUCUGUACUAGAGAGUCUAGCUGCUUGACUUGUAGUUUAAUUCUAGGCUGGAAAUCCCUCCAGUCACAGGAGGUCAAUAACAACAGCACUUUAUUGUUUUACUGUCUGAAAAGAUGUCCUGCAAGCACUCGUCCUCUCAUUAUUACACAGAUUCAAUCACACAUCUCACUUGUAUGCACGCACACGCGCAACAAAUCUCCUGAAUGCAGUCAUACACAAACAGACAAACACACACACACGCUCUCUCUCACAUUGUGUUUUCUCUGGCUUUAUAAUUUUCUAUUUUUUUAUUAACGGAUCAAGCCUUGUAAAGUUAAAUUUUGACGUUCCAUUUCGCAGCUCAACGCUCGCUGCUCGUCUUGCCUUAAUGUUUUUAUCUGCUCUUUGAUUUAAAUAAAGGUUUAUGAACUCAAAA